UUAUUUGCAACAAAAGGGAGCCCGGAGAGAGCAGUCUAGAGGGAGGGAGCGGGAGCUGGAGAGGGARCGCGAGGGGAGGCAAGCCGUCCGCCCAGCUGAGGAACCGAGUGUUGGGAUCCCUUCCCAGCGGAGCCACGAUGUCCUUGGACGCUCCGGCCGAGGCGAGGGACCAGCCGGGAAUUCGUCGCUGAAGCGGGAGCGGCCGCCUGGGAUGGAGCCGCUGCCUCCCGCGACCGCAGAAACUUGAUCCGCGACAGAUAAACCUCUGCUCAGAUUUCUGCGCCCUCCCAAAUCCCGCGCGUGGCGGGUGCAGGACUCAGGCCUUCGACUCCCGCCACUGCGCUCCUUUGGAGCGGGGGCAGAGGGGGGGUUGGCCGCGGCUCUCCGAGGCCAGCCCCCCCGGAGUGAGUGCUGCCACCAUGGCGGACGGGUCGCCCCGGCCCCCGCUUUACCGCAGUGUCUCGUUCAAACUGCUGGAGCGCUGGAGCGGCGGACAGGGACCAAGGGAGGAGGACACGGACACCCCUGGUUUGCGGCGCCGCGCCUCGUGCCGGCCGGCCACGGCCAUCCCGGGCCAGCCCUCCCGGCGCGUGUCCAAGCUGGCGUCGGGGCCCCCGGCCGCCCCCGCGCAGCCGCACCCGCUCCGCAGCCUCUCGCCAUCCGUGCGCCAGCUCUCCCGGCGCUUCGACGCGCCGCAUCUGGACGACGACUCUGCUGGGGUUCGAGACGGGGGCGUCUCUCCCGGGGCCGCGGAAGAAGCGGCCGAAGGCGCUGCCCGGGGGGCCUGGCCCAGCGUCACCGAGAUGCGCAAGCUCUUCGGCGGCCCUGGCUCCAGGCGGCCGGGUGCGGACUCUGAGGCCUCGGGUACGCCCAACCCCGACGGUGCUGCGUGGGAGCCCCGGCAGCCACCGACGCCACCUCCUCGAACGUGCUUCCCCCUGGCGGGCCUGCGAUCGGCGCGGCCACUGCCCGGGCCGGGGAUUGAGGGGAGGCGGCGGCGACAGCAGCAACAGCUACAGGAGCGGGCUCAGCGUCCGGCGGAUGGUUUACAUUCUUGGCAUAGCUUCUCUCAACCGCAGGCCGGGGCCCGGGCCUCCUGCUCCUCCUCCUCCUCCAUCGCCUCCUCCUAUCCUGUCAGCCGCAGCCGGGCUGCCAGCUCCAGCGAGGAGGAAGAGGAGGGCCAGCCGCCGCAGCCUGAGGCUCAGAGUCCGGCCUACCAUGGCGGACACUUCUCCGGCAGUGACGAGGACCAAGACGGUGAGGGCGGCCACCGCCGGAGAGGGAGACCCGGGCUCAGGCCUUCAAGCUCCCUGUUGGAUCAAGACGUCCGGCCCGACAGUGAUGGGUUAAAUCUGGGCAACAUGGACUCAGGGGGAGUCAGGAGUCCUGAACCUCCUACAUCGCCAAGAGUCCCUAGUGAAGAGGCAUCCCGGGAGUGGGAUAUUGGCUCACAGUCUUGCUUCUCAGGUGCCCAGGAAGGCUUGCGGCCUAUGUCGGACACUGUGGGAGGAGCUUUUCGUGUGGCCAAGGUGAGCUUUCCAGCGUACCUGGCCAGCCCCGCGGGCUCCCGCGGUAGUAGCCGCUAUUCUAGCACAGAGACCCUCAAGGACGAUGACUUGUGGUCUGGCCGGAGUUCUGGAAACUGGGGCGUGUACCGCUCCCCUAGCUUUGGAGCCGGGGAAGGGCUCCUGCGGCCCCAAGUUCGAACUCGUAGCAAGGGGCCUGUGGGCACCACCAGAAUGUUGAGGGAUGGAGGAUUGGAGUUGGAUAAGAGCCGGCAGAGGAAGUCCCUGUCCAAUCCAGAUAUUGCCUCAGAGACUCUGACACUGCUCAGCUUCCUGCGCUCAGACCUUUCAGAGCUAAGGGUCCGAAAGCCCAGUGUUGGCCCUGGGAACAACCUCCUAGAUGGCAGAGACUCACCAUCAGCAGGUGGCCCAGUGGAGCAACUUGAGCCCACGCCCUCCCAUACUCCAGCAUCACCUGGCACCCGCCCCACACUCAAGGACUUGACUGCCACCCUUCGGAGGGCUAAGUCCUUUACCUGCUCUGAGAAGCCUAUGGCCCGCCGCCUGACCCGUACCAGUGCCCUGAAACCCAGCUCCUCUGAGCUCCUGUUGGCAGGCUCUGGUGCUGAGGAGGACCCAUUGCCUCUUGUGGUCCAGGAUCAGUAUGUGCAGGAGGCCCGUCAAGUUUUUGAGAAGAUCCAGCGUAUGGGUGCCCAGCAGGAUGAUGGAAGUGAUGUUCCCCACAGAAGCCCUGACUGGGCAGGGAAUCUGACCCAAGGGCAGCGGUCCCAGGAGGAGCUGUCUGGCCCAGAGUCCAACCUGACAGAUGAGGGCAUUGGGACAGAUCCUGAGCCUCCUGGGGCAGCCUUUUGCAGCCUGGGUACUACUGGAGUGUGGAGACCUCUUUCUUCAUCCUCAACCCAAACAAACCACUAUGACCCUGGGACUGAAGACAAUCUGGGUGGGUGGGCCCUGGUGUCCACUGACACCCCUCCCACACCAGGUGCCCUCCGCAGGAGACGCAAAGUCCCACCUUCAGGCCCUGGUGGGACUGAACUGAGCAAUGGGGAGGCAAGUGAGGCCUACAGGUCCCUGAGUGACCCAAUUCCACAGCGCCAUCGGACUGCCACCUCUGAAGAGCCCUCUGGGUUCUCUGUGGACAGCAACCUCCUGGGCUCACUAAGCUCUAAGACAGGGCUUCCAGUGACCCCAGCUGUGGAUGAGAGCUUGACCAGUGGCCACAGUGACUGGUCAGUGGUCAGUGAAGAGAGCAAGGGUUAUCAGGAGGUCAUUCAGAGCAUUGUUCAGGGGCCUGGUGCUUUGGGACGUGUGGGGGAAGAGAGGGUUGCUGGCAAAGCCCCCAAGAAGAAAUCUCUGAGUGACCCUAGCCGUCGUGGGGAGCUGGCCGGGCCUGGAUUUGAGGGCCCUGGAGGGGAACCCAUCCGAGAAGUCGAGCCUGCAUUGCCUCCAUCCAGCAGUGAGCCUAUUCUUGCAGAGCAGCGGGCAGAGCCAGAAGACCCUGGUCCUGCCAGGGGCCGGGCACAGUCUGAGCGGGCACUACCAGAGGCCCCGCCUGCCUCCUCCACUGCCCACCACAGCUUCUACCUUGACCCCAAGCUGACUGAUGUUCUAUCCCCUCGGCUUAGCCGCCGAGGCUCCAAGAAGCGCCCAGCCAGGAGCAGUCACCAGGAGCUUCGGAGAGAGGAAGGAAAUCAGGACCAGAUUGAUAGCCUAACUCAGGCUCGGCCUUCCUCCAAACAUGUUCGCCAUGCCAGCGUGCCCGCCACCUUCACACCUAUUGUGGUGCCUGAGCCUCUGACUUCUGUUGGCCCCCCUGUAGCUGUUCUGGAGCCUGUGGCCUUCCCUGCCCGAGCCCACCCCACAUUGCAGGCUCCGUCCCUUGAAGAUGUCACCAAGCAGUACAUGCUGACCCUCCACUCUGGUGAGGGCCCGGCUCCAGCUCCUGUGGACCUGCCCUUGACUCCCAUUGCACCGCCCUCUGUGGAGGCCAAGCCCUCUGAGGUGGUUCGAGCUCCAGAUGAGCCUCCCCCAGCCAGCAAGUUCUGUGGCAAGCCACAGGUGGACAUGCGGAAGCACGUGACUAUGACCCUGCUGGACACAGAGCAGUCAUAUGUGGAGUCACUGCGCACCCUGAUGCAGGGCUACAUGCAGCCGCUAAAGCAGCCAGAGAACUCCUUGCUGUGUGACCCAUCACUGGUGGACGAGAUCUUUGACCAGAUCCCCGAGCUCCUGGAGCACCACGAACAGUUCCUGGAGCAGGUGCGGCACUGUGUGCAGACCUGGCAUGCCCAGCAGAAGGUGGGGGCCUUGCUCGUCCAAUCGUUCUCCAAAGAUGUCCUGGUAAACAUCUAUUCUGCCUAUAUUGAUAAUUUCCUCAAUGCAAAGGACGCCGUGCGUGUGGCAAAGGAAGCAAGGCCCGCCUUUCUCAAGUUCCUAGAGCAAAGCAUGCGUGAGAACAAGGAGAAGCAGGCGCUAUCUGACCUCAUGAUCAAGCCCGUGCAACGGAUCCCACGCUAUGAGCUGCUGGUGAAGGACCUCCUGAAGCACACACCAGAAGACCACCCAGACCACCCACUUCUGCUGGAUGCACAGCGGAACAUCAAGCAGGUGGCUGAACGCAUUAACAAGGGCGUGCGGAGUGCUGAGGAGGCAGAGCGGCAUGCCCGGGUGCUGCAGGAAAUCGAGGCUCACAUCGAGGGCAUGGAGGAUCUCCAGGCUCCUCUUCGGCGGUUCCUGAGGCAGGAGAUGGUCAUUGAAGUGAAGGCAAUUGGUGGCAAGAAGGACCGGUCCCUCUUCCUGUUCACAGACCUCAUAGUCUGCACCACCCUGAAGCGAAAGUCGGGCUCCCUGCGGCGCAGCUCCAUGAGCCUGUACACAGCAGCCAGCGUUAUUGACACUGCUAGCAAGUACAAGAUGCUGUGGAAGCUGCCUCUGGAAGAUGCAGACAUCAUCAAAGGGGCAUCCCAAGCCACCAAUCGGGAGAAUAUCCAGAAGGCCAUCAGCCGCCUGGAUGAGGACCUGACCACCCUGGGCCAGAUGAGCAAGCUUUCUGACAACCUGAGCUUCCCCCACCAGAGCCUGGACGAUGCGCUGCGGGAUCUCUCAGCCGCCAUGCACAGGGACCUGUCAGAGAAGCAGGCAUUGUGCUACGCACUUUCCUUCCCCCCCACCAAGCUGGAACUGUGUGCCACCCGGCCUGAGGGCACAGACUCCUUCAUCUUUGAGUUUCCUCACCCUGAUGCCCGCCUGGGCUUUGAGCAGGCCUUUGAUGAGGCCAAGAGGAAGCUAGCAUCCAGCAAAAGCUGUCUAGAUCCUGAGUUCCUGAAAGCCAUCCCCAUCAUGAAAACCCGCAGCGGCAUGCAGUUUUCCUGCGCAGCCCCCACCCUCAGCAGCUGCCCAGAGCCCAUGCCAGAGGUGUGGGUGUGCAACAGCGACGGCUAUGUGGGUCAGGUGUGCCUGCUGAGCCUGCGUGCUGAGCCAGACGUGGAGGCCUGCAUCGCUGUCUGCUCGGCCCGCAUCCUGUGCAUCGGUUCAGUGCCCGGCCUGCAGCGUUGCUGCCACCGGGAGCAGUCCACCUCACUGAGGGGUCCCACUGAGCCAGCCUCGGAACCCUCUGGACCAGAGCUGGACAUAGAGGCCCCCGCGGAUGAGGAAACAACCAUGCUAGCAGAGCCGGGGCCCCAACCCUGCCUGCACAUCUCUAUCUCAGGCUCUGGUCUGGAGAUGGCACCAGGGCCAGCCGAGGGUGACCCUCGCCCUGAGCUGGUGCCCUUUGACAGUGAUUCCGAUGAUGAAUCUUCUCCCAGCCCCUCUGGGACUCUGCAGAGCCAGGCUAGCCGGUCCACCAUCUCCUCCAGCUUUGGCAAUGAGGAGACCCCAAGCUCCAAGGAGGCCACAGCAGAGACGACCAGCUCAGAGGAAGAGCAGGAGCCUGGCUUCCUGCCACUGUCGGGCUCCUUUGGGCCUGGUGGACCCUGUGGCACCAGUCCAAUGGAUGGGAGAGCCCUUCGCCGCUCCAGCCGUGGCUCCUUCACACGGGGCAGCCUGGAGGACCUGCUGAGCGUGGACCCUGAGGCCUACCAGAGCUCUGUGUGGCUGGGCACUGAGGAUGGCUGUGUCCACGUGUACCAGUCCUCCGACAGCAUCCGUGAUCGCAGGAACAGCAUGAAGCUCCAGCACACGGCCUCUGUGACGUGCAUCCUGUAUCUAAAUAACCAGGUGUUUGUGUCUCUGGCCAAUGGAGAACUUGUAGUCUACCAAAGGGAAGCAGGCCGUUUCUGGGAUGCCCAGAACUUCAAAUCGGUGACCCUAGGUGCUCAGGGGAGCCCCAUCACCAAGAUGGUGUCUGUGGGUGGACGGCUAUGGUGUGGCUGCCAGAACCGAAUCCUUGUCCUGAGCCCUGACACGUUGCAGCUAGAGCACACAUUCUGCGUGGGACAGGACUCAAGUCGAAGUGUAGCUUGCAUGGUGGACUCCAGCCUGGGUGUGUGGGUGACAUUGAAAGGUAGUGCCCAUGUGUGUCUCUACCACCCAGACACCUUUGAGCAGCUGGCAGAGGUGGACGUCACCCCACCUGUGCACAGGAUGCUGGCAGGCUCAGAUGCCAUCAUCCGGCAGCACAAAGCUGCCUGCCUGCGGAUCACAGCACUGCUAGUGUGCGAAGAGCUGCUGUGGGUGGGCACCAGUGCCGGCGUUGUGCUCACCAUGCCCACCUCCCCCAGUACUGUCAGCUGCCCACGGGCACCUCUCAGCCCUGCUGGCCUGGGCCAGGGCCACACCGGCCACGUUCGCUUCCUGGCUGCAGUCCAGCUGCCAGAUGGCUUCAACCUGCUCUGCCCGACCCCACCACCUCCUCCAGACACAGGCCUUGAGAAGCUGCCCUCCCUGGAGCACCGGGACUCCCCUCGGCACCGAGGCCCUGCCUCUGCCAGGCCUAAAAUGCUGGUCAUUAGUGGAGGUGACGGCUAUGAGGACUUCCGACUCAGCAGUGGGGGUGGUGGCAGUAAUGAGACUGUGGGCCGAGAUGACAGCACAAACCACCUCCUUCUGUGGAGGGUGUGACCCUGUCCACUGUGGCCCGGGACUCACCUGCCCACCUGCCCUCAGUCUGCUUGCCUCUUACUAGCCCACGCACAGACCUUGACCAGGAGUGUCCAAACAGGGCCACCUAGGUGCCUAUGUGGCGCUGCGCCGUCUCAUCUUUGYGGAAGCAUUCCUGAUGGACACCCGCUGGCUAGCCACGGCCUUUCCCAACCCACUGGCUGCUCUGGUGCUCCCAGGUGUGACCAGGGUGGGGCAUGCAAGCUGCCUAGGACCUCUGUCCCUGGAGCUUCUACCAAAGACACGGCCAGGCUGGACCCUAUGCGGUUGGAGAGGGCCAUGUGCAAUAUUUGGAAGGUUUUCUGGGGGCAGCGGGAAGGCUGAGUGGUAGCACCCUUUCCCAUGUACAGUAUUUAUAUUCCUUUUUAGACGAGUCCUUUCCAAAGCACUUAUUUAUGCAGUGACUGGGGACAGGGUGUGAUGUGACGUGAUGAAUGAUGGGGGAGAAAACCUGUUCCUGUCCAAGGCGCCACCCUGGGACACAAACCAAGCCUUUCUGGAGGGACCACCGUCUCCCCCCAUUACACACACACACACACACACACACACAUACACACUGCAUGUUCAGGGCACUAAAACAUUGGCCUUCAAUAUAAACUUCCCAAGCCCAUCCUGAUGGGACUUCCCACCCUGAUCAGAGGCCAGGACCAAGUGCCCUCAGUCGUGCAGAACAAGGUGAUGGCUUGAUGAUGGCUCACUGGGGGCAUGACACCAUCAAGGGGCCUCCCUAGGCUUUGGCAUUUCCCAGUGUGCUGGUGGCAUCUUUAAUGGUGUCUUCAUUUUGGAGCACUGGUAGGGACUUGGACAAGGCUUCCUCUCAGGUAAGAGAAAAGGGCCCUCACUUCUUGCAGUCGGCCCUGGUCCCCAGCCCCUGCCUCCCUGUGUCUCAUGCACUGGCACAUAUGGUCACCUUGGGGUGUGGGCCUAGGAUCCCCUCACUCUGACCACUGAAUCCCUCUUUCCACACUCCUUCCUGCCAGAGAUGGCCCCUGCAGGAAGGACCCCCAAAGCUGAGGGGCUGGGCAUGGCCUCUUCAACUGGGAAGGCUCCCACUUGAGGGCAGCCUCUCUCCCACCUCCCAAGCUGCAGGGAGCCACUCUGACCCUCAGUCCUUCGCUUCAGCUACAACUCCAAAGGUCUGGUUUGUUUCAGAUGGGGUUUGUUUUUGUUCUGUUUGGUUUUGUUUUUAUUUAGGGCGGGUGGGUCAUUGUGGUCUUAGAUUAUGUUUUUCUUGCUACCAAACAGUCAUGUAUUAACUUUCCUUGGAUGAUGAAAUUUUAAAGAGUCA